AUGGCCGCGGCUGCACUCGAUUCGCAGAGACUCGGCGCCGUAUUCCAGUCUCGUCCUGAUAUCAUCGAGGGCAUCAAAAAGGCAGCGGAUUCUCCAGCGAGGAUUGCCCUUUUCAACCAGAUCACGACCCACGUCUACAGUCAGCUUCACGAUGGCAGCGACGAACCGGCGCAGAAGAGACGGAGAGUCGACGUGGCACACUCCAAUGGAGUGGCAAACUCCCCUGUUCCCGGCAACGCAGCCGACGAAGCAGUUCUGCUAGAGGUCAAAGAGAUCUCUGUAUCAGCCCCACAGAGGAAAAAGCUUGAGCUCUGCUUCACCUCCAACUUCUUAUAUGCCAGGGCCCCUGGGACCGUGGCGCCGAUACCUGGGAUAACCUAUGCUUGGAGAGACAUUGAAUACGCCUUUUACUUGCCUGUCCCCGAAAAGGCACAGGUGCAGCACAACUAUGUGCUCUUCCCCCGAGGCGCAACUCUUCCUCAAAAGACCAGCCAGCCUGCAGCCGAGCCGUUGGUUUUUACGGUCCCCGCAUCGGCACCCAAAGAAGGGACCAUUGGUGGCAGUGAGACAGGCUCAGCGGCUGCCGUGUCGGACACCUACAAGUCUCUGCUUCAUUGGGCAUUUGGCAAGCACUUCAAGGCCGCCGGCAGUGCUAUCGAGAUUGUCUCCGCUGAUUCCAGUAAGUUCCACAGCGUGAUCAAGCAAGCUCACCGGCCCAACGAGAAGGCCGUGCACGUCAACGGGUUCAGGGGCUCCAAGGAUGCCAUCAGCUACACCAACAUUCUGCAAAUCACCUUCAACAUAGUCGUCGAGGUGUUUUUGAGCGAGGGCGAAGGCACGGAAGAAAUCGAGUUCGGCAUGCUGGAUCAGAAAGACUACGGCGGGAUAGACGACUACAUCAAACUGAACCGCCUGCAGGAUCGAAGCAUGGCAGAACAGCGGAAAGGCAAGCUCCAGCUGGCUGAGAACAGAGGUCCUAAGGGCGCCGAGGACGGCCAGGAUGGCAGUGCCGGGGAUGCCGAUGCGAACGGGAUGACAGAGCUCGAGCGCGCUCAGCUUGAGGUCGAGCAGCACUUGCAAGACGACGAGGAUGAGGAUGAGGAGGACUACGACCCCGGAAGCGAAGGCGAGAGCGGGGGGUCCGGCGACUCGAGCGAGGACGACGACGACGACGAGGCCGAAGGCGAGGACGAGGAAGAGGGGGAUUCGGAUGCGGAGGGAGAGGUGGAUGGAGAAGAAGAGGAAGAAGAGGAACAGCCACAAGUGAAGAAGGAGGCGAAGGGUGGGAAGACGCGGGUGAAAAAGGAGGAGGUGCAGGCGCCGGUGAAGACAGAGGCUGCUGGGCGAGGGUGGGCAGCCAUCAGCAACACGCGACAUGCCAAUGACAUGGACAUGGAUGAAAAGUUUGACGUUGUGGGAUGA